AUGACACGUGAUGAAAGAGAAGCACUGUCACAACGUAUUUGCAACUUCUAUUGUGAUUCUGCUAAUAAAUCUGUGAAAACUACAUAUGGAAUUACAAUAGAUCGACCGCGAAGUGGUCGCCCGCUCAAAUUAUCUGAUAAAAAGCUGAAACAAAUCGUUAAAUCUGUGAACAAUCGAACUGGUGUAAGUCAACGUGAACUAGCAAAAGAUUCUCAUGUACACCAUUCAACGAUUUCACGUAAUCUUCGAAAAAGAACAUCGAUUCGUAUCAGAAAACGUCGAACGGCUCCGAAAAUGGACAGUCAAGAUCAAGAAAAACGAGCAAAAACAAAUUGUGGAAAACUCUAUCGUAAAUUGUUGCGUGGUUGUGAUCUGAUCUUAGAUGAUGAAAAAUAUUUCAAGUUAGCUGGUGAUAAUGUGAAUAGUAAUCGAUUAUUUUAUUCUACUGAUCCAGUUACAGCACCAACAGAUAUAAAAUUUCGAAAAAAGAAAAAAUUUGAGCCGAAGCUUAUGGUAUGGAUGGCCAUGUCAUCCAAGGGUGUUUCCAACAUAGGAAAUAUUGGAAAAAUGCCAAGACGACGGUUAUGCCAACAUCCAACACUACAUACUGUUUCUUCUUAUGUAGCAACAGGUUCUCGGCGGGUCUCUUCUCGUCUUCUCAAUUUUAUACGGACUCGUUAUGAUUUGGAACAAUUAAAUAUUCGUUGGUUGUGCUCGAAGUGUCAAUGGGUGGAAACAAAGGUGAUGAAAGAACAGGAUGAAACUGUUGAGAAGUAUGACAUGGAUACUGGUGGUGACGAAUUAAGUGGAAAUAGUUCGACGGAUCAUCAAGAAGAUGAUGAUGAUGCAGAAGAUGAAGAUAAUGAAGAAGGUGAUAGUAAUGAAGAAGAUGAAGAUAAUGAAGAAGAUGAGGAUAAUGAAGAAGUGGAUGAUGAAUGCGAUCGACAAGCUGAAGAUGAUGAUCACGAAGAAAUAAGUGAUGAAAGUGAUCAGCAAGGUUAUGAUGAUGAAAAACAAAGUGAAGAUGAUAUGCUUCUUGAAGUUAGUUAUCUCGAAGAACAAGCGAUGGAACAGUUAUCUGCGGUUUUUAAAUUACUAAAAAUGGAUCCUAUCCAUGAUAAUCAAGUUUAUACAUAUCUUCAUGGCUUAUGUGAUAUACUAGAAGGAAAAUCUGGAAACGAACAUAACCCAAAUCCACAUGAGCUUCUUGUUGAAGAAUCGAAUGAUCUUUUGACAGGUUUAAAAAAUUUAUUCAACGAAAGCUAUGCUUCCGAGCAAGUUCGUUUGUUAACCAUUGCACCUAAGGCAUGGGGUCGAGAAAAAAUUCGUAAAUGGUUUGGAUCAUCUGAACAUCAGGCUCGUGAAUCACUUACCCUCCGACAGAACGAAGGUAUUCUGGCUGUCCCGCAAUAUUUCAAAGGCAAUACUCCAAUUUCGAAUGAUACGAUUACUACUAUAGUCAACUUCUACCGAGAAGAUGGUACUAGUCGUAUGUCAUCAAAUUCCAAAAAUACAAUUCAAAUUAAUCAAAACACAGUACCUAUUCGUUAUAUGGAAAUGAGCAUCUUAGAUGCUUUUCGAAUAUUUGACGAGCGCUUUCCUGGUUUGGUCGGUCGUACAACAUUUUAUUCAUCACGACCUCGGGAUAUAAAGAUUUUAUCGCCGCAUGACACAUGUAUGUGUAUCAUACAUGAAAACAUGAAUCUUUUGAUCAAGGUAUGUAUUCAUUUACAAACUUCAGCGUAUCAUUAA